AAAGGACUAAAUUUGAAACACAGUUGGGUGUUAAGUUUAAAUGGCUUUAUUUUAAUGCUCCCAAAAUCAUGUCACGAGCAACACAAAGACAAAUAGAGUAAGUAAUUCUCUCUUCCUGACUUAACGCAGUACCAAUAAAUCAGAGCCAUUCAUGAAGAACCACACCUCUUUUCAGUUGGUUUAAAGUUAGAGCUUCCCUCAAUUUCUUUCAUUCUUCCUCUUUCAUUCCUGUUAGCAAUUAUGCCUACCUUGAAAUUAGUUUCUUUUCCUUUUCUUUUUAUUUUUAUUAUUUCUCUCAUCAAUUUCCUUGGCAUCUCAGUUAAUGCUCUUAAUAUUGGUGUUCAGAAAACAGGUGUUAGCCUCCAACUGGGUAAAGAAUGCAGUAGGAAAUGUGAAUCUGAAUUUUGUUCAGUGCCACCAUUUUUGAGGUAUGGAAAAUAUUGUGGACUUCUGUACAGUGGGUGUCCUGGUGAGCUACCAUGUGAUGGGCUUGAUGCUUGUUGUAUGAAGCAUGACAUGUGUGUUCAAGCUAAAGGCAAUAAUUAUCUAAGCCAAGAGUGCAGCCAAAAGCUAUUAAAAUGCAUGGAAAGCUUCAAGGCAGCAGGAGCACAUAGCUUUAAGGGCAGUACAUGUGAUGCUAACGAUGUUAUUCAUAUCAUUCAACUUGUCAUGGAUGCUGCUUUGCUUGCUGGUGGUGUUUUUAAGAAGCCUUAAUUUAUUUUUAUUUUUUUUUUUAGGUUUUUUUGUCUUUUCUUUAAUUUGUGAAAGAAAACUAUCCAUAAAUUGGAUUUCUUUAUCACACUUGCUGAAUUAAUUAAUUAAUAAUUA